CCUUCUCGUCCUAGGGUCCUUCUCAUUGCUCCCCGCACCCACGCUACGCCAAGAUACCGCUUUUCAAUCGUCGGCUCGACGGCCAUCUCUUGAACGCGAGGCCGGAGAGCCACAGAGGAGACACACAGCAGAGCUAAAGCAGUAGCGAAGAGCGCAUGCCGUGCGCAUAUGUCGACCGGUGAUCACAGUCACUGAAUCCCCAGGGAUACGUCGCUCAAUAGAUAUGAAUUCGGCCGUCAGUAAUUCAGCCCCGGCAGCAGGCUCGCCCCCCCGUACAGCUGCGGGUAACAUCAGCGCGCAUCCAUCAAGCACCAAGAAACAGGCGGAAGAGAGGGAGCGACAGCCGAGUUGGAAUGGUCAAACAGCGGCCAGCACGCUGCAAUCACUCGCCAACAGUCGCCAAAAGACCUCAGGCCCGGCAGCUGAAUCAACAAUACCAGCAGCAGGAGAGUCUUCAUCUUCCUUUUCGUCUUCUACUUCAUCCUCGUCUAUCGCACCUGUUGCGAAAAUCCCUGCGCCAAUGACUGCUAAAGCAUCGCAGAGCUUCCAAGUGCCUCGGCCUCCUCCCUCGUCUCCCCCAAGGCAGAGCCCGAACAAUGCGUCAAAACCAGCAGCGUCGAAGACAGCUCUGCAGACAAUCGGGGCCUCGAAACCAGCAACGCCCCCAUCGACACUCACGCAAAGCCUUCCCGCUCGUGGAGGAGCCCCUGCACAGCCGCAGGUCGCAUCCACGUCAUUAUCUUCAACUCUGCCACCUCAAUCGGGACCAACUCGAAGAGAAUCAGAAGGAGGUCGGUCGAGCACAGACACGGGUACAGGCGACGAAGAGGCAGAGGGGGACGCAAAAAAUGGCAAGAAGAAGCAGGCCAGAAGAAAGAAGGCAAACAGAGCUUGCAUGCAUUGCCAAAAGGCUCAUCUUACUUGCGAUGAUGCUCGACCAUGUGAACGAUGCAUCAAAAAAGGCUUGGCUGAAUCUUGCACCGACGGCGCCCGAAAGAAGGCAAAGUACCUUCUUGACGAGGACGAGAUCAUGGAGCUGAAGAGGGAAAAGGAGAUAAAGAAGCGAGAGUCAAUGGCGUCGACGGGAGGCGAAAGUGGUUUGGACUCCGAGGACGCGGGGCGGAUGAAGACGGAGGAGAGCGAACCUUCGUCGUCGUGGCCCAGUAAUCCGGCCGCUGCUCCGCCGCACCCGUCCGCCAGCUUGAGUCUAAGUGACCUGCAUCGUCGCCAAAACUCCGCGCAGACCCAGCUAGGUGGUUUUACGUCAUCGGCCUCCUCGACGGUCGCCCCAUCUGCUCUCACCGACGGAGCUAUUGUGGGCGGCGAGCCGCAGGAAAAGGGAGUUUACACCAAUGCGCCCCUGAGGAAUUUUUCGCCUGCUUCGUCUGGAGGCUACAAUCCCUUGUUCGGAAGCGAGGCCACCAGCCUGGAGUACAAUAUGCUCUCGAGCAUGCUCAACGGUAUCGACCCUUCGUGGCUCAGCGGCAGCAGUCCUGACCAGCAGCAGGGACAGGAGCUGGGUUCGGCGAUCGCGGCCAAUGGAAGUGGCCUCAACGGUGGCCUGCCCCACAUGGGCCUUGACGGCAUGCCUUGGCGCUUCGCCACCGAUUCCAAUGUCCUCUGGCAAGACCAGGCCGACAUCAAGUUCCAGCAAUUGUCCAAUAAUACCCCACGCCUUCCUCUCGAACAACUCAAGACUCCUAUUCCAUCGUCUCACGUUGAGCCUCUGCACCACAUGGAUUCUUCUAGAUUGCCUCAGGGCGUCGAGGACGGCGUGGCAGCAUAUGACGCUCUCGAGGUUCCGUCACCGCACGGCAGCAACGCUCCAAAAGCCUCGCCUACGUCAUCGGGACAGUCGGGGCCUUCGCCUGCGCUGGCGUCCAAGCCCAACCCAAGGGCGGCUGCCGCUGCAGCUGCAGCGGCAGCCGCAGGCCAAGAUAAGAAGCCCGAUGCCGUGUGGAUGGAAAGGGUCAAGCACGUGUAUAGCGACCGAAUGAGACCCUUUCCUUAUACGGAGGGCUAUCAUUUUCUUAUUAAAUACGUCACUGCAAACCUCGAAAAGGCUGAAGUGCUGCGAAUUGUGCGAGCACUCGCCAUAUUUCGUCCCUCGUUGAUCGCGUUACAGAUGCCCUUAACGGAAGAAGACGAAAUCUUUGUGGAACGGAGCAUUCAGCGGACCAUCCUCGAGUUCGAGAAACUUGUGUCUUUUUCUGGAACACCCACGGUCGUCUGGCGUCGGACCUGCGAGAUCUGCGUUGUCGGCGCAGAAUUCAGCAUGCUGACCCAGUGGUCGCGUGAGCACCUCCUCGGACGCUACAUCUACGAAUUUCUCGACAAGGGCUCAAUUCUCGACUACUGGGAAAAGUUUGCAACGCACGCAUUCGAGAACACAGCACAGAGCAUGACGAUGCAGUGCAGCCUCAAGACGUCGACAGGCAGCAUGGUCAAAUGCGCAGCUUGCUUCUCCAUCAAGAGGGACGUCUUUGACCUGCCCUCUCUGAUCGUGGCCAACUUCUUGCCCAUUCUCAGCUGAGCUAAAGGCAAAGUCGAUAGUAGGCCUCCUGGUACCCCCGCUUUCUCAAGUCUCUCUUCCCGGUUUCAUCGUGUAGCACUCCGUCUCACCUCUGCAUCAGUAUCGACGUCUAAUAGUAGUUGCGCCUCUCCUCGUGUUUAACCCGUAUUAGCAUGUCUUCCCCCGAUAGUGCCCCUUUUUUCUGCAUUGGUGAUGACAAUUCUGUAUCC